CAUAUCAAUGCGUCCGGGUUUUUUGCACAAGUUCGAGAUGUUCGCAUUUGUUGCCGAGCUCCUCGCCACCAAACUGGAAACAACAAGCUGCGAUGGCCCGAUUAUUACGUGCCUGGUUGAUGCAACCAUGUACCGGCCAACGCCUUUAAAGUCUGCGGAGCUGAAAGAGUUAGAAAUACAGUUUAUACUGCUACUCAAAGGCAAUGUCCGUUCCGUUACUGCAGUCGAGAUUGUUUACAGAGUAUUAGGCACCGACCAUCCUUGUAUUGAUGAUUGCUUGAAUCUGCUGAGGAAUUGCUAUUUUGAUGCUUUUUUCAGUCUCCAAGCUCCUAGUCUGGUUGCUUUCGCGGCUAUGCAAUGUACUUGGACAGGCCCUGUCGCCGAAUUGGAUCAUUAUGGACUGCUCCUAAAUAUACACAAUCGACAGAGAGAAGCAGCAUCAGUGCAAAAAAGGAUGAUAUCGGUUGAGAGACCUCGGUGGGAGCCACCAUUUGCCGAAAUGGAUAUUGGAUGCCAUCGUUCACUCAGCUCCGGUAGAAGCAGCGAUUUUAUUCCAGUAGAUUUUAUUUCAGAUACAGACACAAAAGAAUCCAGUUUUUACUGUGACGAGCCUUAUGAUUUGGGCUAUUUGGAAGAGGAGGAGGAUGAAUACAAAAACCACGUUUAUACAGAUCCAUCCCAAACCCUGUCACGUAAAGCACCUUGCUUAAUGGACGAUAAAUGCAUAGAAGAGUCGGACAAAGAGAACACUCGUCCUGUCCAUUGGAGUGAACAAACUAGUUGUACGACUAGCUUCGAUAUCUGGCCCACUUGUAAGGAGGAAAUACUUGAUACAAAAAAGGCGCGCAUGGUUUACACGCGCAAAUUAUUUGGUGUAACUACGCUAACAAAGCAGUGCACACAGAUCUCGAGGCCCACACAGCAGAAACUUCAAGUGCAAUAUAGAGAGGGUGAAGUAAUACAAAGAACGAGAUAUAGAAAUACUAACCCCAUAAACAAGAGUGUGGAUGAACAAAUUAUAGGCGCAGAAUACGACCAUAGAAUAGAGCAUGUUUUACGCGAGUACAUGGCAGAUACAAUGCAAAGCACCGCUGACUUUGCUGAUUCGACCAUUGCUAGAGUAGCAUGAGAGCACCCAAAUAAAUACAUUAAACCAUCGCUUGACUUGGACGCCUU